GCACGAGGGCGCUGUUUUGCAACCCAACUUUCAAAACAGAAUGGCGGACGAAAUCCAAGAUAUCGAAGACGAGAUUGAUGUCGAGGGAUUCGACGAAAAAGAAGGGUCAAGCACCCUUCUGCCCGACGACCCCGCACUGCCACCCAAGAAAUAUAAAAAUGAAACAAGCAUCAGAUCUCGGAUUUGGAAAGAGUUUGGUGUUCCUGUUUGUGAUUGGUCAGUUGAUGACAUGGAUCCUGAGAGUCGACUCACCAUUGAGAAAAUGCUGCACGAAGAGCGUCGAUAUCUCAGAACCAGUAAUGGACCUGUCACAAGAAGACCAAAGAAGAAACCCUCCCCGUAUUUACGAUGGACUCCCCAAGAGAGACAACAGUUCGAGCAGGGAUUUAUGAGCUACGGCAAUCGAUGGACACAGAUAGCCAGACUGAUCCCCACAAGGAGUCCCCUGCAGGUCAAGAAUUACGCCAGAUACUACUUCCCAGCAAAGUUACAGUCGGCAUCUGACGAAAGUCUUGAUGACGACACCGACCAAGACGGGGUAAACCAAGAUGUCUUCCAUCCGCACCUCCCCGAGUCUCUGAACACAGGGUCGCCGACCAUCGCGACCAGGCCGGUUGCUCCGACGGCGCGGGGCAUUGCCACUCCUUCCAAACGCCGGCACUUUCAGAAGUUCGGCUUUGCCAAUCUCAGCCCGUCCCGCGUACUGAAAUCGCGCUCCGGGAAAGACGCGCUGGCCUCCAUGAAGAGGAUUGCCGAUGGGAGGUCGGCGAAGAAAUUAACGACAACACUAGAGGGCGGUGCAGCAAGACCCACACGCAAGAUGCGGAGAGGUGACCGAGGCAGAGCUCGCCGAGCAGGAGUCAAAACAAAAGAUGAGAGAGUGUCGGGAUUGGUGGGGUAUCAACGAGAUGGGUCCAGGGAUGCGGCAGGAGGCAGCAGUGUGGACCUCUUUGAGCAAGGAGGAGGGGUGGUACGGAUGAGACCAGAGAGUUCUGAGGAUGAAGACGUGGAUGUUGAAGAGGAUGUGGUGGGAGACGGAGACAAUCAUCAGGAGAACUUGUUAAUGGGUCUUGCCGACGCCUGCGAUCGCAUAUACAACAAUCUCAUCACGCCCUCCGGCAAUUAUGCCCCGCCCACUGCCACCAACCCUGACAAGAGAGCGAGACGCACUGGCGCGAGGCCAAAAUCAAAGGUCGGUCCUGACAUCCCCGGCAGGUCAAAGGUCAGGGGUCACAAGGUCAUCAUGGAAUCCCUCAGCAUCCCAGAGCUGCCCUGGAACGCAGACCACACCUACAGCAUGUCGCUCAGGACCCUUCACAAGCUGGGCAUUCUGAGAGGGGUUUUUAAACCCGCGCAGGACCGCGCCGAAAGGGGCUCAGGAUCGCAAGGCAGAAGAGACACGGCACAGUGCUUUAACGUUGUCUCGGAGAGCAAAGUGGUGGCAUUAAGGAGAGGCGAUACGGAGGAUUUUAUCGGGGAUGAGGAAGCAUUCUCACCAAAAUCAGAGCGAGGAGAUUCCAUAGAUGAUCUUCCUCGAGACGGGGAAAUGUCGUUAGAAUUCAAAACAGAGCCUGAGGAGGAUGACAGCGAUGUGGUUUGGAAUAUUGAGCCGACCGAGUGUCACGUGAAGGACGAACCCUGUCACGUGGAUGACGCUACGUGUCACGUGAAGGACGAACCGCGUCACACGGAAGACGAAUCAUGUCACGUGGCCGAUGAACCUUGUCACGUGACGGAUGAACCUUGUCACGUGAGUGACACUAUGUGUCACGUGAAGGACGAACCGUGUCACAUGAAGGAUGAACUGUGUCACAUGACGGACAAGCUAUGUCGUGUGGUGGAUGAACGGUGUCACGUGAAGGACGACCCAUGUCUCGUAAAGGACAGAUUGUGUCACACGAGCGAGGAAAUUUGUCACGUGAAGGAGGAACCGUGUGACGAAGCUUGCAGCUCGAGUGACUUCGAUCAGGACGAUACAUACCUGCUGGUGGAUAUGUGUCAGCCCGUUGAACCCUUCCCAUCAAAGGGUCCAGACACUGAAACACCCCUAUUUGAAAAUCCAGAGGUCCAGCCCGCAGAUUCACCAGUGCAUCAUCCCGGCACAGGAUCCUACCAAGAGCAGGAGCUGGAGGGGUUCGUGACCUCUGAGGAGAGUACAAGUGCCCCUCGGCUGGUAACUGCACCAGCACCCCUUGAAAAAAAUACAGGGAGCCCAGAGACAGAGGUGGGGAGUGACUGUGAAACUGGUGGGUCGAACCAAGAGGAUGAAAAUAGGGGUGACAUGACAUCUAAUGCCAUGGAGGGGGAAGCAGACAGCAACAGUGGAGGAGACAAUGAGCAAACAGCUGGGCUAUUGGGAGAGUACCUUCUCGACCUUGAGGAAAUCGAGGACUGGGAGAAGAAAGCCCUGCCCGAGUUCUUCAAGGGUCGACCCACCAAGACCCCGGAACGCUACCUCAAGAUCAGAAACUACAUUCACCAACAAUGGUUACAAAUCAAGCCGAAAUAUUUGAACAAAGCCGCGGUCCGCCAGGGGCUCAAAAGCUGUGGGGAUGUGAACUGCAUCGGACGGAUCCAUCACAGCCUGGAGAAAGCUGGCGCCAUCAACUACGGAGUGGCCAACCCCCACCGGUCGAUCAUUGACUGUCGAGUCAACGCUCUGCGUCAACGCAUGGCCACCAAGACUAGCGACCAGAGGGCUUCCAGAGAAUCCAAGAGACCACGUAAGAAAAAGAAUUUGCAUCCAGAGUCUGAAAUCAGCCAGAAAUCAGACGAGAAGCUGCCUCAAAGGAAGAGCGUCAGGUCCGGACCCCGGAAGACCAAAGCUGUUCCAUAUGAUCCCUUUAAGCUGAUUGAAUGCUGCAGGUUUACUGAAGAGAAAGAGGCUCCAUUCCAUGUCAGGAUCCAGUCUGAUGCUAUGAUCAUUAUGGAUGUGCACUCUCACAUGUCAUCCACUGAGGUGAUCGGUCUGCUAGGAGGCAAGUUUUGCAAGGAAGACAACAUGUUGGAUGUACUGCUUGCCGUUCCUUGUAACAGCAUCAGUACGGGCAUGCAGUGUGAGAUGGAUCCAGUGUCCCAGACGGAGGCCUAUGAGUCCAUCCUAGCCAAGGAUUACCAGGUUGUUGGCUGGUAUCACAGCCACCCAGCCUUCGCUGCCAACCCGUCCGUCCGAGACAUAGAGACGCAGUCAGGAUUUCAGGGUUGGUUCAGCCAGGGUGGAGCCCCGUUCAUCGGAAUCAUCGUCAGUCCGUGUCACAACUACCAAAUCUCGCAGUCCAAAGUCUGCUGCCUGACCAUCAGCGCGGAGUGGUCCUCCGAACUCAAAUGCAGAAAACCGUAUCAGUUUGACUUCACAGUGUCGCAUAGCCACUGCGACAACGCACACACAAUGGACACCAUUUCUAGCGUAGUGACCAAGUUUUCCGUCUACAAGCACCGUUCUGAGAUGCUGUACUUGUGGUCCAGGCAUUAUGACAUCUCCUUCCUUGAAAAGAUGUUACUGUCCAUCAAGACCUAUAUCUGCCCCAGUCAACAAGGUGAUCUGCUGAUGCAGAUCAAAGAUCUCAUCACUGCGGAGUUCACAGCCAAAACCGUCCUCACGAUCACAGAUGAAGACGACAAUUAAAGUAAGACCAGUAUCAGUUGCCAUAACCACGUGGACUGCCUUAAAAUUCAGAACAUAUCUAGAUAUAUUAUACAAGUUGUAUAUGUUUUAUUGCAUCUCGUACAUCAUAUCGUCAUCGUUUUCACAAACUG